AUGCCGAGCUGCACAGCAGGCGCCUCUGGUUCAAGGGAGGAAGCCUCCGACUUGGUGUACCGCUGUGACGUAACGGAGGCGGUUUCAGACGCACAGACGCCGCGGGUUUCGACCUUGGCCGGCGUUCCUCCGGAGGCAGCAGUCGUAAACGCUUCUUGCGCGGAAAUCGUGUGGAACGGACUCUCUCAGGUGGCCCGUGAUUUUCCGCCGUCGCUGCCGGACUCUCCUGAAUUCUCUCUCUCUUCGCUUGUCUCAGGGUGGUCUCCUGUACAUACAGAGUCGUCCACAGCACUCUUGAGCGCCGGCUGUCCUCCGGAGACCUUGUCUCAGGCGGUUCGAGAGACGAUUGAGCACCUUACCGUUUGCGCACCCUCUCAAUGCGUCUCUUCCUCCUCUCCCCAUGUGUAUGCCCGUUGCCAGUCUUUUUCGAAAUCCGGAACACACGCCUCACAGCACUCGACACCGGGCUCUGGCGAGGGCAAAUCUGCAUGCAAUUCGCCUUUUCCAGGAGCACCGCCUGCUCACCAUGUCGUCGCGACUCCUUGCCGAGGGCGCCGUCGGGAUGACGCAGAACGACUGCGUGCAGAGAGCAAUCCCGACGAUGUACACAAGACAGGUUUCGAGUGUUUCCGCGGGGGUGAUGUCGAGAAUCCUCUUUCUUGUGGAAGCAGAGCGUCUCCGUAUUCCUUCUCCUCAACGAGUUUGUCGGGUCUUAGGCAUCUUGGCCGCCUGGACGAGUUACGUAGACAGGCCGAAGCAGCAACUUUCUCUCAGAUUAAACGCAUUGCGUCGCGGCUGGAGUGUGUGGAGCAUGUGACCUGGCUGAAAGGGAGGAGUCAGAGGGGUGCGGACGCGCAGAGUCUUGAAUCGGGAGACGAGGGAGGUGAGACAAAUCAGGCACCUUUCGAGUCCUCUCAACACUCGUCUACUCGGUUCGCAGACGAAACUUCCGGUGUCCGGUUGGCUUUCCUCAGUGGCUGUUCUUCCGGAGACGCAAGUGCCGACGAGGCGACUCCUUUACAAUCGCUGCGAGAGGCAGAGAGAGGAGUUCGAGAAGAUCUGCCCGAGGGACGCCGCGGGCGGCAGAAGAAGGCAGAAGAUUUCGCUUCCCUGUCCGCCUCCGGAGGGGGUAGGUUGGCGAAUUUUCCCAGCCAGCCCAACAGAUCUAAUGGUCAUGAGCGAGGCCUUAGGAAUCCAGGUGCUUCGGUUAGCGAACAUGAGACAGCCAAGGAGGGUGGGAGGGGUAGUGACCGUUUUUGUGGGGCAAGCGAAGAACAAAGAAGGCCGACGCUACAUUCUGGCGUUCCCCUGCGUGCAGAGAAGUGCGCCUCUGUGAAGACUCAUCCGGGUCCUCGGCAGACUUCAUCUAGCCACCCGCAGGUAACCGUUCCAGAAAGACUUGAAGCGCGCCGCACGCCUGCAUCUUCCCAUAGAACUUCAAAAGGAGGUUUCUCGUGUUCCUGCGGACCAGAAUCCGAUGUCCAGGCCAGGUUCGCGUGUGCGGCACAACUCUUGAUGCGGCGAGGCAUCGCACCCGCGGUUCUUCAGAGUGAGACAGAAGCCUCGUGGGCGCCUUCUCUUUUGUCAGAGAGAGCUCUGGAGCUCGCAGAGUUGAUGCCCCAAGUUCGCAGCGAGGCCACGCCUCUCUGGGCCCUGUGGUGGUAUUGCGGCCGCCACGCGGCAGCGGCAGUGCGGUCUGGGCCCGGAGGGCGUGGAGUUCCAGCUGACGAGGCGUCCUCCGACUCCUGCUGCGGUGAAACACGUACAUACACGACAAUGAACAGGAAAAGCCGGACACUCUCUAUUGGCCAGGCACUUACCGAGCUGCCACAGCCACGGGUGUCAGAACCGGCCGCACAUGGACAGGACGAAAAGAUUCACAGGACGAAGAGCGGAGAGACGAGAGCGCCGUGUGGCAGGGAAGAUGGUUAUGCAGGUCGUGGCUGGGCACAGGGAGAUAUCGACCCUCCGCUGGACACUUCCUGCGACAACCGCUGGUCGACGUUGGAGGACGAGAUGGACGACGAUGGACCAGACAGGGGCACAACAGACAAAGAAGGGACGCGGGAGCCACACAGGAGCACGCGCUGCGGGCCUGACAGGGCAGACGGGCAGACGCCGAGGUUGAAAGACGGCGACAUCCACUCAAAAUCAGAGACAAGCGAUUGUGGGGCGCAUCGUUCACGGGAAAAGGUUCACGGCCACACAGAGGAAGCAAGAGGACCCGAGCUGCUGCCAGUCGAACAGACGUCUGAAGACCAGUUACACGUGCCUUCCUUGCGUUGCGUCAGCGAAAGUUGCUCAGGAACGGGGACUGUUGGAAGCCGAAUGGCAUCCGAGAGCAACGCCGAAGGUACGCUUUCUACAGUUGCAGUGCACUCAGCUGUCGGAGCGUCGAGAGAUCUUCUCCCGACAGAAGGCCGUUGCUCGUUAUCGACAGAUUCCGUCGUCGGCGUCUCACCUCGCAGAGGCGAAGGAACGCACUUACUGGACCAUCUUUCUACCCCAAGCAGGCCUGUGUUCAUCGAUCUGUGCACGCCUCAAAGUUCGCCUCGACCGCAUGCGCGAUUCCUUCGCGGAAGCACUCCUGUUUCCCGUGUCAGCACUCCUGUCCAGCGCCAGGUUGGCUCGCGCGACGCACUACCUCCUGGAGAGCUGGAGCCAGCAGGGGGCCCUACGGCACGCUGCGAAUUCAUCGCUGCUUCGCCUUCUUCGGAGCCUUCACGCGCCCAACCAAGAAGGAAGAGAGCCCAAGCGCGCUUCACGCCAUGCUAUCCACCUCUGGAUUUGGUGACAGUGCCACAUCCAGAGCCGGGAUCGGCUCCUCGAAAGCGGCAGUCGUGCAGAGCAGGUGGACCAGUAGCGAAAGCGUAA